AUGAGACCUGUUGGUUGUCCCCGUUACUUUUUCAAGCAUAUAGCUAAUUGGUAUGGUGGUGCCUGUUAUGUUGUUACUAUUCCUUCUUAUCGUUCACCAUCCAGCAGUAUCAGUUUGUACGAGUUUCUUAGAUGGUGUUCAGUUACACCGACAUUUAUUAUUCAUGGACUUGUGAACUAUUUUAUAGGGCUUGAAGGAGUCAUGGAGCUUCUUGAAGAAUCGUUUCCAGAGGUUGAAAUAGCUAUUGCUCAUGGAAAGGUCCGACCCAGUGAAUUCUUUGUCUAUGUCUCUAUGAUUGUCAAUUUAACUGGAGCAUCAUGUAAAAGGAGAGAUCAAUUAAGACAAAUAGAACAUGAUAAGAUUGUUACACUUUUAGACAGUGGAGAUAUUAUUAGUGGAAAAGGCAAAAAUCAAGAAACUAGUUUAGCAAGACCAGGGGAUACUCGUUGGGGAUCACACUAUCUAACAUUACUUCGUCUAUCCUCUAUGUGGGCUUCGGUGAUUGGAAUAUUGGGAAAUAUACAAGAUGAUGCCACCACUUCUGACAAUAGAGGUAUGGCCAGGGGUUUGAUUGAUAGAAUGAAUGAUUAUGAAUUUGUUUUUGCAUUGCACCUGAUGAAGUAUUUAUUGGGAAUCACAAAUGACUUGUCACUUGUUUUGCAACAAAGGGAUCAAAAUAUUGUCCAAGCCAUGAGUUUGAUUGAUACUAUGAAAUCUCAAUUGCAAGACUUUAGGGAAGAGGGAUGGCAAAUAAUUUUAGAUGAAGUCAACAAUUUUUGUCAGUUGAAUAUGAUUCCCGUGAUUGAUAUGGAAGACAGUAUAGCAAUCCGUGGCAAUGCCAGGCGCAGUCGCAGAGGUCAAACCAUCACUAAUUUUCAUCAUUAUCGCGUGGAAAUUUUUUGUGAGGUUGUUGAUUUAAUUAUACAAGAGAUGAAUAAUCGUUUCUCGGAAGUUAGCACGGAAUUGCUUAGUUGCAUAGCAUGUCUUGAUCCAAAAAGUUCUUUCUCUCAAUUCAAUGUGCAGAAACUACUCCGUCUUGCUGAUUUAUAUCCUGAAGACUUCUCAAGUAACGAUUAUUUAUAUCUUGAGUCUCAACUUCGAAAUUAUAUUUAUAAUGUGCAACGCGAUCCUCAAUUUUCAGAAGUUGGAGAUUUGGGAAGUCUUGCUCAACAAAUGGUUAAAACUGGUAAAAAUACAGUUUUUCCAUUGGUUUAUCGUCUGAUCCAGUUGGCAUUAGUUCUACCAGUUGCGACUGCUUCUGUUGAAAGAGUAUUUUCUGCAAUGAAUAUUGUCAAGACUGAUUUGCGCAACAAAAUGGGAGACGAGUGGAUGAAUGACUGUCUGGUUGUAUACAUCGAGAAGGAUAUUUUUGCAACAAUUGAAAAUGAGCAAAUAUUGCAGCGUUUUCAACGGAUGAAGACUCGCAGAAUGCAAUUGCCUCCUCUUCGUUAUUCGAGUGCAACAACUACCAAUACUUCAAGUGUUAAUCAAUAACAAAUUUUUGGGUAUGUA